UCGCCGAAUCCGGGAGCCCCGGGGAACGCGGGGUGGGGGGGAGGCCGGAACGCCGGCCCGCCGCGCUGCGCGCCAGGCUGAUUAGAGGAGUGAGCGGGCGGUACCAGACUCGAUGAGUUUCCAUCGACAUGUCGGAAAAGUCAGGCCAGAGUACAAAAGCAAAGGAUGGAAAAACCAAGUAUGCAACGCUCAGUCUCUUUAAUACUUACAAGGGAAAGUCACUGGAAACUCAGAAAACCACAGUUGCCACACGCCAUGGAUUACAAAGUCUUGGAAAAGUUGCUAUUUCAAGGAGGAUGCCUCCCCCAGCUAACCUCCCUAGUCUCAAAGCAGAAAACAAAGGCAACGAUCCCAAUGUGAACAUAGUGCCUAAGGACGGCACAGGAUGGGCUUCAAAACAAGAACAGCACGAAGAAGAGAAACAGCCAGAGGUGCCGCAGACGCAGCCAAAACCUGCUGUUCCUGCUCCUCCAGAAGCAGCUCCUGUUGCCAAAUCGUGGGCCAACACCAAGCCAGGUGGGCAAGAUGGUCCAGCUCUUCCAAUAAAUAGUUAUUUCCAGCAAGAGUUUCCCAGUCUGCCGGCAGCUGGGGAUCAAGAAAAGUCAGGCAAAGAGAAAGAUGCAUCUGAAGACGGCCAUGGACCCAGCUUGAGGCCACAAAAUCAAGAAGCUAAGGCUCUUGGACAGGAAGAUGGCAAUGCUACUCCAGCAGAACAAAGUGAUGGCCAGAAGGCAGCAGAGAAGAGGGAUGCACGCUUACCACAGAUCCCACAGCCCAAGAUGAAUGGCCAGCAGCAGCCGCCCAUCUCGUCUCAGUACAGGGCAAUGAUGCCGCCUUACAUGUUUAAUCAGUAUCCUAGAAUGGCAUAUCCUCCUUCCAUACAAGGCCCAACAAGGUUUCCGACUUCUGAGCCUAGUAGGGGGCCAAGGGGAAGAGGACCUCCUUCGUGGUGUUCAGAGCCGAUUGAGCGCCCAUCCAUUCUUAGUGCUAGUGAACUUAAAGAACUUGAUAAAUUUGAUAACUUAGAUGCUGAGGCUGAUGAAGGCUGGGCAGGUGCUCAGAGUGAAGUGGAUUACACUGAGCAGUUGAAUUUCAGUGAUGAUGAUGAGCAAGGAAGUAGUCAAAAAGAGAAGGAAAGUGGUGACGAACAAACGCCAUCAAAAGAUUCUCAGAGCCCUGAUGCCCAGAAAGAAGCAGAAGAACAGACUAAUGCUAAGUCUGCCACCCAGGCUUCUGCAGCAGCAACCAAAGGAUCUUAUGGCAAAAGUUCUCAGCUUGAUCAGGAUCGGGGUCCAGCACAGCCCUCUAUACAUGAAAGAGGUGGUCCUCCUCUUCAUCCCAAGUCUAUUCUACCACCGCAUCCUCCUCCUCCUGAUCGCCAGCUAGGACCUGGAAGGCAGGGACCCUUUCCUCCUAAACCAGUACCAGAUGAAGAUGAAAUCUGGAAACAGAGGAGAAGACAGCAGUCAGAGAUAUCUGCUGCGGUUGAGCGAGCCCGUAAGCGCCGCGAAGAGGAAGAAAGAAGAAUGGAAGAACAAAGAAAAGCAGCUUGUGCAGAAAAGCUGAAACGGUUAAAUGAGAAAUUUGGCUGUAUGACAAAACCCUCCCGUGAAGACCCUCUGAAAGAGAGAGAGAGGGAGAGGGAAAGGGAAAGGGAGAGAGAAAGGGAAAGGGAGAGGGAGAGGGAACGGGAGAGAGAGCGGGAGAGAGAAAAGGAGAGGGAGAGGGAAAGGGAAAAAGAAAAGGAGAGGGAGCGGGAAAGGGAAAAAGAAGAAAAAGAAAAACUGGAGAAAGCAAAAGAACAAGAAAGGGAAAAAGAGAAAGAAAAUGAGAGAGAGAAGGAAGAAAAAGAGAAGGAGAAGGAGAAAGAAGAGGAGAAACCAGUACAUGAAGCUCCUGAGCCUGUAGAACCUGUGGUAACGCCUGUGGUAGAAAAACAAGAAAGUGAAAGCAGGAAUAACAAGGAAGAAAAAGAAGAUCAAGCAGUCUUUACCCGACAAGACAGUGGUCGGAAUGAAAAAGAGAUUUCACAGGUGACUCAUGAGAGCGAACCAGAAUCAGGAUCUCAACCUCGUCCUGCUGUUUCCUCAGGCUAUUCUAAACAGUUCCAGAAAUCAUUACCACCGAGAUUUCAGAGGCAGCAGGAGCAAAUGAAACAGCAGCAGUGGCAGCAACAGCAACAAGGUGUAAUUCCACAGUCUGCUCCCUCACAGCCUUCUAGUGGCCCUGUCCCUCCUCCCCAGCAUAGACCUCUUUACCAACCAAUGCAACCACAUCCACAGCAUUUGGCUUCAAUGGGUUUUGAUCCACGGUGGCUUAUGAUGCAGUCUUACAUGGACCCACGAAUGAUGUCAGGAAGGCCUGCAAUGGAUAUGCCUCCUAUUCAUCCAGGAAUUAUGCCUCCCAAACCACUGAUGAGAAGAGACCAGCUGGAAGGAUCAGCAACCAGCUCAGAUUCAUUUGAACAUAUAGCUCGCUCAGCAAGAGAGCAUGCUGUUCCUUUGUCAGAGCCCCGCAUAAUGUGGGGGUCAGAUCCAUACCCCCACGCGGAACCUCAGCAAGCUAGUUCUCCUCCCAAAGUGUUAGAAGAGCCUGACAGUUUGAGAUCUGAGGCACACUUGGAGCAAGAACGGGUUGCUGUUCCCGCUGCAGCUUAUCCUGUAGAACACAACCAGCUGGACUCUCAUCCAAAGCCAGACUUUUUCAGAGAACCAGGAGAGGUGGAAGUGCAAAAGUUCCCAAGCAGGCCUUUGGAAGAUGCCCAACCUCUCCAAACUGACACAUCUAACACUAAAGUUAAUUUUGAAGGAAUUGAUGAGAAUGUUUCACGCAGCUCUGCAGAAGAACUCAUGCCUGUUGGGGAAAGUCAUUCUUCAUUAAAGAGAAGCAUUUCCCACGGCUCAAGUCAUUCUCUAAAAUCAGAAGAACAGAGGAUCGAGACAACAGCAAAUAUCUCUAAAAUAAGCAGGCCUGUUGAGUCAAAGGAGACAAUUGAGAGAAUUGAGAUUAAGCCAAAAAAAGAAGUUUUGAUCAAUAAUAGAACAUCUGAAGGACCUAAACUUGAGAAAACAUUUAAACCUAAGUCUGAAACAAGGUGGGGUCCUAGGCCUGGUUAUGGCAGGAGAGAGGAAGGCAGUGAUAGACCAAUAAGAAGAUCAGGUCCUAUUAAAAAACCUGUGCUUAGAGAUAUGAAAGAAGAGCGUGAACAGAGAGAAGAGCGUGAACAGAGGAAGGAGAAGGAAGGAGAAAAGAUAGGUAGUGAAAAACCAACCAAGGCUGAAAAAAGCGACAAAAAGGAAGUACCGCAAGGGCCAGUGCCUCAGACUGAGCCAGAGACAUCCACCUCUAGCAGUGCUCUUCUAGCUAAGAAGGUAGUCCAGGAUGCUGCUCCAACACCAGCGAGCCCAGAGAGCACUCAGACUGAGACUGCAGCUAAAGUUCCAGUUCAGCCACCCACUCCUCCAGUCUUGCAGCAGUUACCAGCUGCACAGCCCGCUGUUCCACAGCUUCCCCCUGCAAUACUGCAGCAACCACCAACUCAGCCUGUAGCGCAGCAGCAGCCACAAGCACAGCAGCCAGUUACCACAGUGAAGGAAGAAAAGCAGACGGAGAAGGUAGUUAACAAAGAAGUUAUAGAGAAACCACGCUUAGAAACCAGACCAGUAAAAAGAGAGCCUGGCUUACCACCUAGGACAUACUGGAAAGAGGCGAGGGACAGAGACUGGUUCCCAGAUCAAGGGUACAGAGGCAGAGGUCGUGGGGAGUAUUAUUCUAGAGGUCGUAGCUACAGGGGUUCUUACGGAGGACGUGGUCGGGGCAGUAGGGGCCAUAACAGGGAGUAUCCACACUACAGAGAUACUAAGCCUAGAACAGAGCAUGUGCCUUCUGGGCCUGUUAGACAAAGGGAAGAGAGUGAAACUCGCAGUGAGAGUUCAGACUUUGAAGUGAUUCCAAAACGACGACGACAGCAUGGUUCGGAGACUGAUUCUGACAGCGAGGUCCAUGAAAGUGCAAGUGACACUCUGCUUUCAGACAAAGACAGUCUCAUCAAAGGCAAACACCCAAAAAGAGAAGAGAGAGCUGAUGGCAAGAAACCUACAAAGCCGCUGUCAUUCAAACCUGAAAACAAUAUCAGAGUGGACAACAGAUCUCUGGAAAAAACAUAUAUGAGAGAUGAUGAGAAUAAACCUAAACCAGGGUUUCUUCCUAAAGGAGAGCCUUCCAGACGAGGUAGAGGGGGAAUGUACAGACGUGGUGGAAGGGAUCCUGGUGGGCGCCCUCCACGACCAUCCACAAUAAGGAGGCCAGCUUACAGAGACAAUCAGUGGAACCCCAGGCAAGCAGAGAUUAUUAAACCAGAAGAUGGGGAGCCGCCAAGGAGAAAUGAGCACUAUGGUCCUAUACCAGUUGAUAAAAGACCUCCAAAAUUUGAGAGGAAGUUUGAUCCAACGAGAGAGAGACCACGAAGACAAAGGCCUGCUCGGCCUCCAAGGCAAGAUAAGCCACCACGCUUCAGGCGCCUAAAAGAGAGAGAGGCUGCAUCAAAGAUAAAUGAGGCAGUAACUGGCUCAUCAACUGCUGCUGCAGUCACUAAUGCAGUUACUGAGCCCUCCAAUACUGCUCUGGAUGUUUCAGGAAGUAAGACACCAGACUUGUCCAAUCAGAAUUCUUCAGACCAGGCAAAUGAGGAGUGGGAAACAGCCUCAGAAAGCAGCGAUUUUAAUGAGAGGCGUGAGAGGGAUGAGAAGAAAACAGCAGAUAUAGCAGCUCAGGUGGCUGCAAAAGCAGGAGAAAACACUGGAGUUCCAAAAAGGGAAAUAGCCAAGAGAAGUUUCUCUAGUCAGAGGCCUGGAAUAGACCGUCAGAACAGACGUGGUAACAGUGGGCCAGCCAAACCAGGGAGGACCUUCUCAGGGCCUAGGAGUGAGAGGCGCAGUGGUCCUCCGCCCAGAAGUGGAAAAAGAGGGUUCCACAGCAAAGCCAGAAUGUUUCAAGUCUCUGACUCUGAUGGCUGCAGAGAGCUUCUGGCAAGGGAGCCUGUGAAACAUUUCAUACUGCCAUUUGAAGACCAGACAGCAAGCGUGCCUGGUGUUGAGCCCAGCAACAACAACUCUUUGCAUCAGGAAGAAGGAGGUGUUAAUGCAGCAGGGCAGAAGAGUACCAAGGAUGCAAGUGGCAAAAAGAGAGAAGAACCUAAAGCUGGUCCAAAAAAGCCUAAGGAAAAAGUGGAUGCUUUGUCUCAAUUUGAUCUUAAUAAUUAUGCAAGCGUUGUGAUCAUUGAUGAUCACCCUGAAGUGACAGUAGUUGAAGACUCUCAGUCUAACUUGAAUGAUGAUGGCUUCACUGAAGUGGUGUCAAAGAAACAACAGAAACGCUUGCAAGAUGAAGAGCGCAGAAAGAAGGAAGAGCAAACAGUGCAGGUUUGGACCAAAAAAGGAUCGAGUGAAAAAGGUCGAGGUCAAAAUUCCAAACUUCCACCCAGGUUUGCCAAAAAGCAGCAGCAGGCAGCAGCUGCAGCUGCGCAGCAGGCACAAGCUCAGGCACAGACUCCGUGUGCAGCACAGACUCCAGGUCAGCCACCAGCUUCUGUUCAGCCUCAAAAUCAGGCUGCAGGAGGGGCUGCAGCCAGCACAGAAUUCACGGUAUCAGGCAAAGUCUUGCAGAACGCCCAGGCUCACAAUGGUCUGGGAACUGAACUAUGGGAAAACAAGGUGCCUCCUACCGCAGUUCUGAAUGACAUCUCCAAAAAAUUGGGACCUAUUAGUCCACCUCAGCCGCCUUCAGUGAGUGCUUGGAACAAACCUUUGACAUCUUUUGGAUCAGCCACAUCUCCAGAGGGAGCAAAGCCUGGGCAAGAAGGUGGAGUCGAGCUUGGUAUAGAAACUAUUCAGUUUGGAGCCCCUGCUUCCAGUGGUAGUGAUAAUGAAGUUGGCCCUGUACUUUCUGAGAAGUCGACUGACAAGCUACCAGAACCAAAAGAGCAAAGACAGAAACAGCCUCGGGCUGGACCCAUCAAAGCACAAAAGCUUCCAGACUUGAGUCCAGUAGAAAACAAAGAGUAUAAACCCGGUCCUAUUGGGAAAGAGCGUUCUUUAAAGAACAGGAAAGUGAAGGAUGCCCAACAGGGAGAGCCUGAGGGACAGGAAAAGUCAUCUCCCACCUCUGUGAGAAGUCCAGAACCUGUCACUGCAAAGGAAACCAAAGCGACAAGUGAACUGAGUACGGAAAUAGGAACAAUGAUAUCUGUGUCUGCUCCAGAGUUCGGAACAAGCACAAAGGAGUCUGUAACAGACUACACUACACCUUCUCAUCCUAACACAGUGGCUACUAGCAGUACAAAAAUGGAGGAGACUUUGGUGACGAACGUGCCCCUGCCCCACACCCUUCCCCUCCCUAGGAGGGAGACUCUACAACAGAGCUCCAGCCUAACUCCAGUUUCUCCCGCUACCGUCGACCUCACCCUCAAGAUGGAGUCUGCGCGCAAAGCAUGGGAGAAUUCCCCAAACAUGGGGGAGAAGAGUUCACCAGUGACCUCAGCAGCAUCUCCCAUAGCUGGUGGCAGCAGCAGCAACAGCAGCAGCAGCAACGCAGUGCCAAGCAGUGGUACUUACAGCUCUUUCUCUAGUGCAUCAAUGCCUCCUAUUCCUGUGGCUUCUGUUACACCAACAACUUCACUAUCAGGAGCUGGAACAUACACGACCUCUUCACUGAGUACAAAGACUGCAAGCACCUCGGACCCUCCCAAUAUAUGUAAAGUGAAACCACAGCAGUUGCAGACAAGCAGCCUAGCUUCUGCAAGUCACUUUUCCCAGCUGAGCUGCAUGCCAUCCCUCAUUGCCCAGCAACAGCAGAGUCCCCAGGUCUAUGUGUCUCAGUCUGCAGCAGGUACUGCAGCCCAAAUUCCAGCUUUUUAUAUGGAUACAAGUCACCUGUUCAACACCCAACAUGCACGUCUGGCACCGCCUUCUUUGGCCCAACAGCAAGGCUUUCAACCAGGACUUUCUCAGCCUGCUUCAGUACAGCAGAUCCCCAUCCCCAUCUAUGCACCUCUGCAAGGGCAGCACCAAGCUCAGCUGAGUUUAGGAGCAGCACCAGCUGUGUCACAAGCCCAAGAGUUGUUCAACUCUUCUUUACAACCUUACAGGUCCCAGCAAGCUUUUAUGCAAAGUGGUUUGUCUCAGCCAUCACCAGUAGUUCUGUCUGGUACAGCCUUACACAACUUCCCAACAGUACAACACCAGGAACUUGCAAAGGCGCAGUCAAGCCUGGCAUUUCAGCAGACUUCUAAUACACAACCUAUUCCAAUCCUAUAUGAACAUCAGCUUAGUCAAGCUUCAGGACUGGGAGGCUCUCAGCUUCUUGAUACACACAUUCUACAGGCCAGAGCUACACUCACCCAGGCUUCAAAUCUGUAUUCUGGGCAAGUUCAACAGCCUGGCCAGAGCAAUUUCUACAACACUGCCCAGUCUCCCAGUGCUCUCCAGCAGGUAAACUAUGGCAUGGUAACAGUACCUUUACCAGGAUCACAACUUUCUUUGCCUAACUUUGGAUCCACAGCACAGCCACUUAUUGCCCUACCCCAGUCUUUACAACCACCACUACAGCACACACCACCUCAAGCACAGGCUCAAAAUCUAAGCAGACCAGCACAAGUAACCCAGCCUUUCAGAGGAUUAAUCCCAGCAGGAACUCAGCACAGCAUGAUAGCUGCGACUGGAAAGAUAUCAGAAAUGGAACUGAAGGCAUUUGGAGGUGGUAUUGAUGUUAAACCUGGAACACCACCAGUGUCUGGCAGAAGUACUACUCCAACAUCCAGUCCCUUCCGGGCCAGUUCUACAAGUCCUAACAAUCAGUCCAAUAAAAUGAACAGCAUUGUCUACCAGAAGCAGUUCCAGUCAGCAGCUGCUGCUGUGAGAAUGACCCAGCCAUUUCCUGCACAGUUUGCACCACAGAUCCUCUCUCAGCCUAACCUGCUCCCUCCAUUGGUAAGAGCCCCAUAUACUAACACCUUCCCAGCGCCUGUUCAGAGGCUGCCAAUAGUACUGCAUAGUCAGAUGCCGUCUCAGAUGAUCACAGGCCUUAUGAGCCACCCUCGCUUACCGCAUGUGGCCAGAGGUCUUUGUGGAUCAGUGUCUGGAGCCAGAGGCAGUCAGGCCCAGGCUGCGAUGAAGGCUGAACAAGACAUGAAGGCAAAGCAGAGAGCAGAGGUACUUCAGUCCACCCAGAGAUUCUUUUCUGAGCAGCAGCAGAGCAAACCAAUAGGAGGCAAAGCGCAAAAAGUGGAUGAGAAUGGGAGCAAACCCUCCGAGGCAAUUGCUGACUCUUCAGGAGUCUGCCAGGACAAAGCAGAGGAGAAGCCUGCCCCCGCACCUCCUGCAGCAACAAAGCCUGUUAGAACUGGACCAAUCAAACCUCAGGCAAUCAAAACUGAAGAAACAAAAUCUUAGAGGCUGUAUUUCCUUGGAGGUGGGAGGGGAGAGGGAAGGAUGGGGGAGAUGGCGGCAGCAGCAUGAAUUUGUAGCCCCAAGGAUGAGACAGCAGUCCUCUCUCCCUGCAGGGCUCUUAACUGCAUAAAGGGACAUAAAAGCUGUCAGCAGUUAUGAAUUUAAACUGCUGUGUAUCCAGCCAAGCUUUCUAGGCUCUUUGGGCUUAUUAUUUCCUGUGACAGCAUGAAGACCGCUUUCGAUAGUGUGCACGUUUUACACGUGUGCGCAUGUUUUGGCUUACACACCUAAAUGCUUCCCAGCCUGAGAGCUGAGAAACAGCACAGCGAGGAGGAAGGCGGUUGGGGAGGCAUGUUCCUAGCUGACUAGAUGAAUACUCUUACUUUCUUCUGAUCUUCAGCUGCUAUUUAUCUUUUUAUAAACUCAUGAGUAUGAGAACAUGCAGAUCUGAAAAUGGUGCUGGGCCAAGUAACGUGCAUUAAGUUUGUAGUGAAUAGAGGAGCUCCCGUGUUGUACUAAACAGAGGAAUUCACAUAGCUGGCAGAAUCACCUUUACUGUGUGACGUGUAACGUCGCACAAAGGCUAACGUGGCAGUGUUGAAUUCCCUCUGAAGGCAGUGCUUUGCUGGCUGCUGCUUCUUGGAUGACAAUAUACUGUAUUUAGAUCACAAUAUGAAAAUGCUACUUGGCCACCUGUGUUCUCUACACCCACUCCCUCAGUUGUUCACCUCUGGAGUUGAAAGGUUAAUUGCAUCAAUAGUCCCAGUUACUCUGUUCACCUCUGUCCAGCUAUCUUUAUAUGAAGCGAGUGAUCUUUAAACGGUUUCCAGCUUAUGUCUGUAUACAGCGAUGAGCACUUAGAGCUGUGCCACAAGAAUAAAAGAAACCUUGUUGGAUUAAAGAGAAUCUUAUCUAAAAGGUGCAUUCUUUAUAUCGGAGCUGCGUCUCACCAUUUCCCUGCCCACAGUGUGCUGGAACGUAGAAUCAAGUCAGAUAAUGCCUUUUUAAUUGUAUCCUCUAGUAUUAUAGCUGUAGGACAGUACUGUAUGAUACUUCUGUGAAUGUAAGAUAUCCUGUACCUGCUUAUGAUAUGUAGUAGUGACUGUGCUAUACUGGAGCUGUUUUUAAUAAUGUUAUUCUAGAGGUUUUUUUCCAGACAAUGAUUGAAAAGCUAAUAAAAAGCACCAGGUACCACAUCAGUAGCAGAACUUGCUGGUUUUUUUCUGGGAUUUUUUUUGUUACUUUUUUUUUUUUUGAAAGAAGAGUGAGUUGAAAGUCUAAUGUGUAUAAUUUUGUUCAGAUGACUGCAGAAGCUGGAGAGGCUGUUGCUGCUAUUGAUGCCUAGUGAAUUGCUCUUGGUUAUCUUUUUAUAUAAAUAUAUAUAUAAUUUGAAUUUUUGGAAACUUUAGCUGUGAUGUCAACUUCAGAAAAAAAAAAAGUAUCCCACUUGUAGUGUGAGUUGGCAUUGUACAGAAAUUAACAGCCAUAUUGGUCUAGAAAUGUUAAACUUAAUUUUUUUUCCAUUUGUACAGGGGUAACGCACUGUAUUAAAAAUAUGUACGGUCUUAUUUACAUGGGUUUGAUUACAGAAACUAAUAAAGUAUUCUCUAAAUAAA